AUGGCGUGGCGGCGGCGGCCCGAGGCCGGCGUCGGGGUCCGCGGCGCGCUGGCGCUGCUGGCGCUGGCUGUGUGCGCGCCCGGGGCCCGGGGGCGGGCGUUCGAGUGGUAUUCGGCUGUGGUGAGCACCGAGUACGUCGACCCGUACACGAACCGCACCGUAUGGAGCGUCUCGGAGAGCGGCCGCUUCGGCGACAGCUCGCCCAAGGAGGGCGCGCAGGGCCUGGUGGGCGUCCCGCGCGCGGCGGAUCGCGACCCCGAGGGCUGCGCGCCAGAUACCCGCUUCCUCGUGCCCGCGCCCGGCGGCCGUGGAGCCGCGCCCUGGGUCGCCCUGGUGGCGCGCGGUGGCUGCACCUUCAAGGACAAGGUGCUGGUGGCUGCACGGAGGAACGCCUCGGCCGUGGUCCUCUACAACGAGGAGAGCCACGGGAACCUCACCGUGCCCAUGUCCCACGCGGGAACAGGAAAUAUAGUGGUCAUUAUGGUUAGCUACCCAAAAGGAAGAGAAAUUAUGGAUCUGGUGCAGAAAGGCAUUGCAGUCAAAAUGACCAUAGGAGUUGGCACCCGUCAUGUGCAGGAGUUCAUCAGUGGUCAGUCUGUGGUAUUUGUGGCCAUUGCCUUUAUCACCAUGAUGAUUAUCUCGUUAGCCUGGCUGAUAUUUUACUAUAUACAGCGUUUCCUAUACACUGGCUCACAGUUUGGAAGUCAGAGUCAUAGAAAAGAAGCUAAGAAAAUUAUUGGCCAACUUCCACUUCAUACUGUAAAGCAUGGAGAAAAGGGAGUCGAUGUUGAUGCAGAAAACUGUGCAGUGUGUAUUGAGAAUUUUAAAGUGAAGGAUGUUAUCAGAAUUCUGCCAUGCAAGCAUAUUUUUCAUAGAAUAUGCAUUGACCCAUGGCUUUUGGAUCACCGCACGUGUCCAAUGUGUAAACUUGAUGUCAUCAAAGCCCUGGGAUAUUGGGGAGAGGUGGAGGAUGUGCAGGAGAUGCCCGCUCCAGAAUCUACCCCUGGGAGUGUUUUGGCUGCAAAUUUGAGUAUUACUCUACAAGAGGAGGACAGAAGCGAGGGGAACAAUUUACCGUCCUCUUCCACUAGUGAGUCUGCACUGCAGUGUGACGCCGGCUUUAAAGAAGAUGCAGGUGAAGACACAGCCUUACUAGAAAUGGGCAGGAGCGACCUUGAACAUGGAAGGCCCGUCUCUUAGCACACAUCCUGGUGACCGCGUCAUGGACAGAGCAUUGAC